AUGGGAAAUGGAGAUUGCACUUCUGUUUCUCAGCCACUGCGUAUAAAGCUCAGACCUUCUUGCGUUCGUGAUUUUCCAGAAGGAUGUGGCCCACUUGACUCAAAGAUUGAUCCUAAAACUUCUAGUUUUGGCAAUUCAAAUGACACAAGUUUGAAGCUCCAGACGCAAGAUUUGGAGGAGAAAGAGUUCAUAAGUACUGCAAAAGUUGUGGAGUGUGAUUCCUCCGACGUGUCAAAGUUCUCUCCUCCCAAGGGGGUUCUUUGUGAUGGUUCAAAAUUCUCAUCAUCUGUCAGAAACCAUCCUUCUUUAUCCGGACCAGAUGCUGAUACACAUGAUGUAUGUACAUUGCAAUUGCAAGCGAUUGAAAAUAGCAACAAUGAUGAUACUGAUGCAAAAGAAGUGAGUAAUAAUGUUCAAGAUGGAUUGAAAAUAGCAUGUGUACUUUAUGCUGAAUCUGAUUCAAGAAAGUGA